GCCUAACAUUUAAAACUCAUUCUGAAACCGCUUUAGUGAAACUACAAAUGCUGCUUUAGCUUUAAAAUUGUGUGAUGGCAUGGUUAUUAACAUGUAAUAUGAAAGUUGAUGGAAUAAAGUGCAGCUGAGUCUCAUGGGAACAUCAUUAACUUAGCUGUAAACCAAACUGGACAAAUUGUAAGUUUCACCUACAGUAAUUAUGGUGCUACCUGGAAAGUUAAGGGACAAUCAGCAGUUAGGUUAAGGCAGUGGUUCUCAAACUACAGGGCAAGUUAAGCUGGGUGGUGGAAAAACAUUUGGGAACUCCAGGGUUCUGGCUUUGAACAAUGAGUGACAACCAAUGGCCAGCCUCCACUUUAGACCCUCAUUUUAGCACCACACAACUGCUGAACAAAUGCAUAGCUGUGAGUUUUCAUAAUGUACUGUAGGUCCGUUGUGUAGAUGCGGUUCAUUUUCAAAGGGUUCUAUAGUUCACUGUAGGUUAGCUACAUGUCCUUAGGCACAAAGCAAGUUGUGUUUUUGCUGCACGUAGGCUGCACAAUGGGUGGGGGUUUGUUAUCACACUGCCCUAUAGACACCUGGCUGAGUGACACAAGUUCUUGCAAAACAUGCGAUAAUGUUCCUGUCCUGUCUCUUACGUGCAGGGGUCCCAUGUUCCUGAACACUCCUUGUUUAACCUGACCCAAAGUUCAACAACAUUUUAGCAACAUCAGAAAAAAAGGUUGUGCCACUAAGCCCAUUUCCCAAAAGCUGCAUAGACUAUAUAAAGUUUCUUGUGCAGGAGUGGAGUUUAUGUGGUGUCACCUGCUGGUAUAGGCUAGUUAGACAGGAAGACAGCUUUUAUCAAACUACAUGGCUGUCUAUCUAUUUAAGACCAUCUGUAAAGGUUUGGGUAUCAAGUUUGUGCUCUAAUUUUAACCUGGUAAACACAUAUGCUAAUAUCCAAGUAAUGGAUACAUUAUUCAGCUAUGGAUUUCAGCUAUCAAUUCAUAACGACUAUUGUCUGUUUUACUUCUUUAUAGCUCUUACAUUUUGGAAUUAUAAUAGCCAGCAUUCUUGUAUCUAUCGUUAUAGCUCUUCCUGACUCUUUACAGUAAGAGCUAUAUAUAUUUUACUGCCGAUUAAAGUAGUUGAUCCCAGUUUCAUUUCAGCUCUGUCUGUGCAUCUUUCCCGGGCAAUGGGCGGGGCCGAGGCGCACGUCAUAUCAGCCACCGCGCUCUGAUUGGCUACCGAUCCUCACCCGACACAGCUGAGAUUGUUGUCUGCAAAGGAAGCGCUUCUCGCUGGUAGGAGCUCUGUACUGUGGUAUGGACUCGGAGUGUGUUUUUUACUCUCUGUGUCUGCUAACAGUGAUGUGAACAAACAACGUGAUUGCAGUCUUUGUUGUGAAAAGGGGAUCUCGGCUUAAUUACAUAUGUGGAGGCGCGAAUGAACAAGAGUGGAGGUUUCUCUUCGGACCAGACCCUGAAGACGUCUGGGGAGCAAGUUUCUUCUCCUUUAGCCCAAAAGUGCCAAAUGCUAAGACAAGAGAACCACUGCUGGAGCUGCUCCUGUGCAUCAGUUGUUGAAACCAAGCAGUCAUCAUCUGGAGCGAGUUUAUUGACAUCUAAAACAGAAGAAAUGAUGUCCAUCAUCACUUCGGUGCUCAGCAGUGCCUACAAAUCCCUGCACAAUGUCCGGACGGUCAACUUGAUCCGCCGCGGACUCGUUCUCUUCACAGUCGGAGUGUUUCUCGCCCUGGUGCUCAACUUGCUGCAGAUACAAAGAAAUGUCACCUUGUUUCCCGAGGAAGUGAUGACAACUUUAUUUUCCUCUGCUUGGUGGAUCCCACCUUGCUGUGGAACAGGGGCAGCUGUUGUCGGCCUGCUGUAUCCCUGCCUUGACCGCCAUUUGGGAGAGCCACACAAGUUCAAGAGGGAGUGGGCCAGCGUCAUGAGGUGCAUCGCAGUGUUUGUCGGUAUCAACCAUGCCAGUGCUAAACUAGACUUUGACAACAACGUGCAGCUCUCUCUAACACUGGCAGCCUUGUCCUUGGGCCUGUGGUGGACAUUCGACCGGUCCAGGAGUGGCUUUGGUCUGGGGAUCACCACUGCCUUCUUAGCUACUGUGAUCACACAGCUGCUCGCCUACAACGGAGUCUACCAGUACACGUCUCCAGACUUCUUGUAUGUGCGCUCCUGGCUCCCGUGUAUAUUCUUCUCAGGCGGUGUUACUGUGGGAAACAUAGGACGCCAACUUGCCAUGGGUGGAGCUGAGAAACCCCACAUGGACUGAAGAGUGGUAAUGCAGAAAACCAGACAAAUAACAGUCUACAUAAAAAUGAACUGGCUAUAUGAAGAAUGAAACAAGUAACUGGAGGAAAAAUGACAGACUUGAUCCUUUGUUCCCAUAAUGAAGUGCAAAAAAAAGCCCCUUAUCUAUUGUGUGCCAUGUCCUCUGCACUUCCUUGUGGCUAACAACCUCUCCCUCCCACCUCUGUUGUACUCCAUUAGCACCAAGGCUUUCUUCACACUAGAGGGGAGGACAGUGUUUUAUUCUUUUUAAAUGGGCUGGAAGUAUGUAUCUUCUCACUGUUUAUGGAGACAAACAGUGUACAUGUGUGCUUUGGAGUGGAUGCAUCUUGAUCGUGGCAGAACAGACACGAGAGUGCUGUAAUGUCUGUUCUAGUUUUUUGUUUUUUAAAUUAGCCGGAAUAUAAUAUGAUUAUAAAAGGGAAAUGUGUGAGUGGGAAAAAGAAAUGUAUUCAGUGGCAUUACUGAAGCACAAGGGCGAUGUUCCCAUUCAAACCAAAUUAAGUGUUUAUUUUGUGGCUUUUGAAUGACCCUAAGCCAAAUGUACUAUAUGUUUGGUAAUGAAUACUUU